AUGUACACCUACGUCCCUUCCUCCUUCAAGAAGGGCAACCCCGUCGUCGUUGCACUCCACCAUUGCGCCGGAACCGCUCCUGGUUACUUCCACGAGUAUCCGGACUGGCCCAAGAUGGCUGACAGCAAAGGUUUCAUGCUCAUCUACGCCAGCUCUCCCGGAGGCACCGGUGGAUGUUGGGACGUAUCGUCCAAAGCUUCGCUCAAACAUCAAGGUGGUGGUGACAGUGAGACUAUCGUCGAGAUGGUCAAGUAUGCUGUUCAGAAGUACGGCUGUAGCGAAAAGGCGUUUGUUGUGGGACACAGUAGUGGAGCGAUGUUGACUCAGGUGCUCGGCACUACGUAUCCGGAUGUAUUUGUCGCUGGUUCGGCUUACAGCGGUGUACCUUCCGGAUGUUUCUCGACGGAAAAAGCCCAGGGUGCUGAUUGGAAUGCCACUUGCACUGGAGGCACCCUCAACGAGAGUCCCGAGUACUGGGUGCAACAGGGCAAGAACACUUUCCCUGGUUACAGUGGAGACUAUCCCAGAAUGAUGCUCGUCCAUGGUAGACAGGAUCAAGUGAUCAACUUCAACGAUCAUCGUGAAGCGGUCAAGCAGUGGUGUGGUCUGCACGAUCUCAACCCGGAUCAACCGAGCAAGAAGAACACCCUGCCCGGGGAGAGCAACUACGAGGUCUCGGUGUACGGUCCGAACCAAGUCUUGGCUAUCAGCGCUCAGGGUGUUACCCAUCAGAAUCCUCUCAAGAUCGAUCUGACUAUGCAGUUCUUCGGCAUCUGA